CUGCAAUUACCGGUUCCUUUCGCUCACCAACCUUCACGUGUGCCGGCCGCAUCCGUCCCGCUCCUCCCGUACGAACCAACAAAAACUCCUCAAAGAUGGCCCACCGUGAGCGUACCUUCAUCAUGGUCAAGCCUGACGGCGUCCAGCGUGGUUUGGUCGGCGAAAUUAUCCAGCGCUUUGAGAGGCGCGGCUACAAGCUCGUCGCCAUGAAGUUCAUGCAGGCCGACGAGAAACUGCUCCAGCAGCACUACUCGGACCUGGCGGGCCGCCCCUUCUUCAACGGCCUGGUCAAGUUCAUGCAGAGUGGUCCCGUGGUUCCCAUGGUCUGGGAAGGCACCAACGUGGUCCUCACCGGUCGGGACAUGAUCGGCGCCACCAACCCUCUGGAGUCCAAGCCCGGCACCAUUCGCGGAGACCUGUGCGUUCAGGUGGGCCGUAACAUCGUGCACGGCAGCGACUCCGUCGCCAGCGCCGAGAAGGAAAUUGCGCUCUGGUUCAAGGAGUGCGAACUCGUCUCCUGGGUACCCCAGAUUGAGCCAUGCGUGUACGAAUGAAGUACAAACUGCGAAGGACUGUACUACACCACCUAGAACGCACUGUUGUUUGACGUAAUAUUUUUCUACACGCUCC